CGCUUGCCGGGACCAUCUAUCGUCCAGUUAUACAAACAGAUUAUUAUAAUAUACAGUUUUGAUUUCAUAAGUGUUAUAUGUUUCAUGAUAGUGAUUUCAGUGAGCUAUUGAUUGAAAAAAGAUUCGCAGAGAAGCCAUGUCUCACUGAAAAUGGGGCCAAUCAAGACAUUUCUUCUUUUCCUCAUAUUCAAAACAUGUGCCAGCGAAAAUUUAGAUCAAUUCUUUCGUAAAAUAAACGAAGAAACUGGCAACUUUAGUUCCAUAGCAGCCAAUCUAGCGUGGGAGUCUUCAAUAAACCCUGGCAACCCUGAUUUACCGGCACGAUCGGCGACAUAUCAAAAAAAUCGAAUAAAAUGGCAACACAGGACUUGUGGGAAACUGGCAACACUGUAUAAUCGUCAGUCGUUGAAUGCUACUCAAAGGAGGCAGUAUUAUUUAAUGUGUAGGGGACCGAAAUAUACUUUUGAUGAAACAAGAAUAACAAGUAAUCUUUACGAAGAACUACAGUCCAUAUACUCAGACGCCGAAAUAUGCAUUCCAACGGACACAAAUAUUACCACGAACAACCUGACGCAAGUCGAAGCCGCCAUCUUGAAUUAUCUGUCAAACGUACAAACUUUUUUCACAAACCAAUAUGGCGAUGAUUGUCUUUUUGCCGCCAAAUUCGCUGUCAACCGUUACAUUCAAGAUACAAAUAUGGUUUGUUUGAAAGGCGAGUCUGAUUUUGAUAGAAUGAUGGCUUUUUCGAGGAAUGAAGAGGUUUUACGUUGGUUGUGGUUGGUUUGGAGGGAAAAGGUGGGACCUCCUAUGAAGGAACCUUAUCGGAGAUUGGUUUCUAUUGAGAAUAAAGCUGCUAGGCGGAAUGGGUACCUAAACAUUGGUGUCUCUUGGCGUGAAGAACUGGAAGUAUCGAAGCUUCGCGAACUAUCUCGACAGCUCUACAACGAUAUUAAGCCAUUAUACACCCUAUUACAUGGAGUAAUGAGGUUCUAUCUUCGAAGGUUCUAUGGAGACAUUGUGCCUGCUUAUGGACCUAUUCCUGCUCAUUUAUUGGGAGAUCUUUGGUCGCAGAACUGGGAGCCUCUAGCGGAUUUGUUACUGCCUCGAACUAUAGACUUAGAUGAGAGUAUUCAAAAACUGAACUGGACUGUUAUGCAUAUGGCAAGAAGAGCCGAAGACUUUUACCAAUCACUCGGACUGCCCGCCAUGACAGAUACGUUUUGGCGCGAAUCCGUGUUUUCGCGGGAAAAUAAUAGUGACACCCGCUGUCAUGGCACUGCGGCAGACAUGUUUAAAGAUGGCGACUUCAGAUUGCUGUAUUGUUCAGACGUUUCAAAGGAGGAUUUCUAUGUUCUACAUCAUGAACUAGGUCAUAUACAGUACUACAUGGCUUAUGAACAACAACCAGCGAUAUACAGGCAAGCCAAUGCGGCGCUUCACGAGACUAUAGGAGACGCUAUCAUGUAUGGAGUACUUACACCUCAACAUUUGAACAGACUAGGACUCAUCAACGAUUCCCUACUUUACAUAAAUAAUAAUCAACCUUCAGAUAAACUACUUGAAGACGAAAAUGCAAAAAUCGACACAAAGAAGCAUAACGAUGAUGAAACCAAAGAAGUUAUUAUAAAUGAAGUUUUGAAAGAAAACUUAGAAGAAGCUCAUGUACAUUUAGAUGAAAAAGAAACACCAAAACUGUUUGAAGAUCAGGACGUAACUACAGAUACGAUACUCUUGCUAAAGCAAGCCUUAAACAAGUUACCACAGAUACCGUUUUCCCUUGCAAUCGAUGAGUACAGAUGGAAAUAUUUCGAAGGCAGUUUGCGAGGAGUGAAUAAAGAAUUUUGGUCUUUAGUGGAAGAGUUGCAGGGUAUAGCAGCGCCUGGUGAAAGAGGAGAAGAGUAUUUUGAUGCAGGAGCGAAGUUCCAUGUUCCAGAUAAUACGCCAUAUAUUAGGUACUUCUUAAGCAGCUUCCUGCAGCACCAACUAUUCGAGAAACUGUGCAAAGCUGCUAUAUUCGGACGUCGGAACGCCGAUGGAGAUAUACCGGAGACCAUCAGUCUGACGAGAUGCGAUAUAUACGGGUCCAAAGCUGCCGGGAAGAUUUUGAAAGAUUUCAUGUCUCGAGGGCACUCGCAACAUUGGAGUCAGAUUCUCGAAGCGACAAUAGGAGAACACGUCAUAUCCGCGUCAGCGCUAAACAGAUACUACCGCCCGCUGUACGUGUUGUUAGAAAAAUUUGUGCGCGCGCACCGCAUUCCUAUUGGCUGGUAAUUUUAUUUUGUUAAUUUAAUUUAUUUUAUUAUUAUUCUUGUAGUUCUAGUCUUAUUAAAUUUGUUGGAG